GCCAGCGCAGUGGGCUGAGGAAGACACAGAAGAAGACGUCGUGUGGCCGCAGUGCAUCGAAUCAGCAUGGCAAUGAGCUUUGCUCGUUUAUGGAUUCGCCACGAGCGGAAGGUCCCUAGGAGUCAGAGCCCCGUGUACGUGCUCAGGCUGGACAGCCCGGCCCACGCCGGCGAAGAGCGCGGAGACUCCGAAGUCCACUUCGCCGGCUGGACGCAGCGCUUCGAGGGAAAAAUCGUCAUCAUAUUCUCCAUCGUGGCCGCACUGCUGAUAGGAGUCGCCGUGGGCUUCGCCUUUGGAACGAACUCGAAGACAAAGGUGCCCUCAGGGCCCCGCGAGCCCUUGACGGAGUUCACGGUUCCUAAGACUCUGACGGCGACGAGACAGCAGACGCAGGAAUCGCAGCUCGAAGCGGAGGCCGUGGCGACGGGUGACGGAGGCCCCGACAAUGCGUCGGUGAACUGGAACACUUACAGCCAGCUCCAAGGUUCAACGGGCACCACUCUCGACUCGUCCACAGAAGUCAACCACUCCUCUACGGUGGCUUCUCAAUGAAACUGUCACUGCGAUGACAUCCUUACAUUUCAUAUGCGCUUUACAAGCUUAUACUGAUUAGUGGAAAAAAAAGGACAAAUGAAUAGGAGGAUAACCUGACCAUAUAAGGUUUCAUUAAAUGAGGGUAGAGUCAAUAAUGUGUCCUAUGCAGACCAAAGACGAAGUUCUGUUAGUGCGCGAGUCGAGACUAUGCGAAUAUAUCGGCGUCUAUCAAAAAUUGCAGCACAUUUCUUUUUACUCGGCGCUUCGCUGAGUAAAAACACAUCUCAGAAUGCUCGUGCAGAUCUUUUCUGUUAUUUUACCAAGGAAACUAAUAUAGGCAGCGAAGAUGUCGAAUGCAGCAUUUUGCCUCCUUUUAUAAUGUAGCCUAUUAAAUAUAAUUAUCGAAUGUUCUCUCAAACAAUAAAGCUUAGUUGAAUGAGU